GUGAAGAGAGAACAGAUUGACACAAUGUGCAUGUAGCAUGGAGCUGCAGGGGCUGGGAGAGGAAGGAGGGGUUUCCCACUGUCAGGGGUUACAGGGGCAUUGGAUGAUCAAGCCUUCUGCCGCCGCUGCUGCUGAGCAAGCCUUUUCGCAGGGGUCCCAUGCCGUUGCAUGGCAGCUGGAAGCGAGGAAUACCAAACAAGCUGGGAUACUAAGGGUUAAAUCCUCGGGAAGGCUCGAGCUACAAGAUGAACCUGCCGCAAUGGUGGCUUGAGACUAUGCUUCUCUAUGCAGCAACUGUAUGACGGUGGGAGACCCCCCUUCACCACCACCCUUUAAGAAAACCGGUGAAAAUUCCCUUUUUUUGUUCCAGCCGUACCGGGGCGACCGCAGGAGAAGACAUGUGCAGCAACCAGGUCAGCCUGCAGGACGAGCAAUGCAAAUUCUAUUCCUACAUGUUCUACCAGGCUGUACGGGACCAGGAGCCGGUGUGGAAGCUGGAGGAGAUAAGGACUAUGGAAUAUUUCCAUUGGGAUGAAGACGCCAGCAUGAGGUGCUAUUCGCCCUCCGACGCCCUGAUGUACGCCGUGGUGCACAACCACCUGCGUUACGCCCAAUAUUUGCUGUCUCACUUCCCGGAGGAGGCUCUGAAGGUGCCAGGAAUCAAGUUCUGCUGCUGCCCUCCCUCGGCCCCACACUUAGCCUUGGCCGUCACCUACGAUAGACGAGACAUCUUGAUCAUGAUCAUUAAGAUGUCCCACAAGAUGCCCAGUCUGAACUCCUACAUCAACCGGGCCAGCUGCUUCCAUCUGUCGGAUGGCAAGACCCCCCUCCACCUGGCCUGCGAGCUCCUGAGUGCCGAAACUGUCCUGAUCCUCCUAGGCAAUGGGGCAUCCCCAAAAAUCAUGGACCGCAAGGGGGAGACCCCAUUGGAUGUCAUCUUGGAGCAACUAUGGAGCUCGAAGGUCAACGUGGACUCGAAAAAACUCUGCCUGUAUUAUCUGCUACUUUUUACCCCUUCCUUGAACUUCAAGAUGAGGAAGAUCCUUCAAGAUAAUCCCGAAUUUUGGAAUCCUUUACUAGGGGAGGACAAGUUUAAUUACCUGGUGGGGAAUACGCCGGCCACGUUGUACCUUCUAGCUAUGCAGAAAGUCUUGCGGUGUCUCCCUCCGUCACUCUUCCCACAGAGCAUCCAGGCUCUGCCUAUACCUCAUGCAUUAAAGCCAUUGCCUGGGUCGGGGUGACAAUGUCCCAAAAACGACACCCCUCCCCAUCCCCUCCCUCCACCCCCCAUUCCUUCACCCAACAUGGCUUCUUCCUCCAACGAUGACUCUAGAAUUCUAUAUGAUCAUUAAAUUAUUCCGGACUCUUCGCUUUAUGACUGGUGACGUAAUAUUGACUAGAAUUUGCCAAAAAAUUUAAAAAAUAUUCGGAUGAUGGAGUCGUCCUAUAACCGGACAAUGAUACGUGUCCCAGAUAGUAACAAAUGUAGCAAAAAGACAAAAAAAAGACAGAAUUUUUUAAUUAAAUUGCGAUUGUUGAGUCGUAGUCGACUUUCCUUCACUCAGGCUUGUUGGUUGCAGCCGCUUGUACCCAACACUUUGGGGCAAAUGCCCGUCUCGGUUAACCCCCUAUUAAUAGUAUGACAUAAAAAUGUACAAAACUUCUACCUUUUUGGAAGUGAUUGAUUCACCACUUUCCCCUCCCCCCAUGUGAUCGCUCCGAUCGGCCCUAAUAAUGGACCGUGUACGAUUGUUUCAGCCUUAGGUCCUAAUGUCGGCUUCAUGUGUCACAUUUUGGCGCCAUUUUUUAUUUGCAGAAUAAUUUUAUUUUCUGUUUUAGCAAAUGUAUCCUAGAGGGGGGAAAGAAAGAUGUAGCUUCAAUUUGGAAAAAUCCCCCCCCAAUCCCCUUCUUCCCUUUCUGGGAAUCAUAUAGGCGAGAAACUGCUGUAACCCGGCAUGGUGGGCCGCAUAGGUCUGACGCAUAGGUCUGUCUCAGUCCCGGCGGAUCUGUUGUACAUUGUCGAUUCCGUAUUUAGGAGGGAGGGGGUUGGCAUUGCUCUUUAACCCUUCAGCUCCCGGGUUUACUGUCAGUGGUGACGCCGCGUUGUAUGUUGCAAUGCAGCCGGUUGGAUUGCAGGGUUUUGCCCAGAAAUCUGCAUAAAAUAUGCGCAUAAUGUGUCCUCAUUAACAAAGAGAGAAUAUAUUUCCUGGAGGAGGAAUGAGAGGAGAACGGGAUCUUCGAGGUUCUGCCGGCAGCGACUAUUUUUCUACAUGAAAAGCGACUAUUAGCAUGUGUCCAUGUCGUGUCUGUUACCAGAUAUACCGCUAUAUACAUGUAUAAAGGGAUUUAUCUCCUUCUCUAUAAGG